UUCCUUCCUAACCUAAAUGUCACACAUCCAUUCGAAACGUCAAAAUGACAGUAAUAAAUAGUUUUUAAUUUUUUUUGAAAAAAAGGAAAAUAUAGAAAACCUUCAUCGCCAUUGGAAAUGCUGUAUCCGUUUCGUUGAAGUACAAAAUGACACAGAGUGAAAAUGACUCCCUAAGAGCGUUGGAACGUUUGUUGGACGAAUUUUUUAAUCAUUCCACAAGCAAUGAAAAGAAACGGGAAAUUGAGAACCAACUGCAUUCCUUUAGCAAUCAAAGAGACUGCUGGAAAUAUUGCAUUUACUUCUUAGCACAUACGUCUAGUCAGUAUGUGUCCAUGUAUUCUAUAUCUACAAUUGAGUCUGUGAUAAACCGACAGUGGGUUAGCUUAGACUGGGAACAUAGAGUUCAAUUAAAGAGUGCAUUGUACAGUUAUUUAGUUGAACAAGAUGUUACGAGUCCCCAUUUUUUAAGAAAUAAACUGGCUAAACUUCUUGUUGAUAUUGCCAGAUUUGAUUGGCCACAUUUUUAUCCAGAAUUUUUUAAUAACAUUUUGCAAUUUUUACAAUCUGAACAAGGACAAAUGCUAGGACUGACUAUGCUACGUAUAACUAGUGAAGAACUUAUGAAUCCUCGACCUGAUCUCAACAGUUAUCGAAAAGAGGAACUUCACAGGUUACUGCAACAACACAUUCCACAAGUGUUUCAAAUGUUGUGCAACAUUUUAGAAGAGUUAGGGAAAAGGCCGAGACAUUCAGCAACUGCAACACCUCCACCGUCUCCUACUCAUCCCAGUUCAGUUCCUGAUUUAACAAAAGAGCUGACAGCUGCGUCUUUUAGGCCAGACAACAAGGACAUCACCAAAGAGGCCUUGGCUGCAACCCAACAUAUUUUUUCAUGGGUCAACCUCACUCAAGUGCCGUUGCAACUUAUUCGAUCUAUUUUUCACUUUACUAACAUUUCUAGUUAUGCCCAGGAUGACGAUGACAUGUGUGUUCUUGCCAUGUCAACGUUAAAUGAACUUCUGUACAGAAAAUGUGCUCCACCAGACAGUCAAAAUCUGUUUAUCGAACUUUACCACCUAACUGUACAACUGCUCAGAGAUAUAAUGAGUCCGAAUUCAGAUAAGAUAGAAACGCUUGGCAAUGAUUUUAUGGAAAAACUGUCGGAACUGCUUGUGUUGCUGAUUGAGCAGCACUUGUGGCGUUUAGAGGCUGAACCCGGUUUCUCUGCAUUGGAAAUCCUUUCUUUGCUAUUUCAGCUAACAAUGCAAGUGCCCUCGGUCGCUUGUUAUCUAAGAUGUCUUUCAGUAUGGGGCGCCUUCAUUAAACAACUCAAAGCACAAAAUGCUCACAAGUAUUCUCAGGCUCUACUGGGUUUAGUAACAGCAGUUCUGAAUAAAAUGCAAUUUACGUAUAAUAGAAAACAGUUGGACGAAGUUGAUAGCGAACUAGGCGAUGAUGAGGAAGAGACUGAGUGGCAAUUUUUCUUAAAAACUUCCAUAGAAAUAAUUGCAAUGGUUGCGGAGUACAAUCCGCAAGAAGUGUUCAAUCAAGUGUUAAUUCCGUGGAAGGGAGCGAACGAUAUAUAUUGUGUUCUGGAAAAUGCCGUUGACCACAAAAAUCUCAUGUUCAAAAUAGAAAUUUCCGAAACUGAAAGACUGCAUUGUGUCUUAAGAGAUUUUGCCUCCUUGACGCAAACCUUAGCUAGACUUUCUACAUUUUUUAUAGAUGAUAAUAAUGAGUACAACAAAAAUUCAGCGCCAAUCAUUGAUAGCCUCGUACAUAAACUCAUUGAAAGUAGUUGCAUUGCAACGAAUUCCAGAUUUUAUCUAUUGAAAAUUGGAGACUCCAAACUUGUCGAAUGUUUCGCUGAAGCACAUAGUCAGCUUCUGGCAAGCCUUAAACCAUGGCUAUCUUGGUUCCUAGUCAAGGGAGGUAUCAAUAACCUUCGCCUGACCCAACUUCUCGAAGUUUGUCUCCCCAUUCUCAGCGCUGGUACUCAAAAUCCCAAAAAGGUCAAUCACGCUGCUGCUCAUCUCCUCCUAACGCUCACCAAUACCGUUUUCCCUCCCGUUUUAAUUAUGCAACCUUCAGUUGUGGAAUUCAUUCAUGUCGCUCCUUCAUUGAAAUUCGCAUCACAACAGACGAAGGAGGUAAUAGAUAAUGCUAUUUGCAACGUGUUGAUAAGGCCUUGGGGAGAAUUAUCCCAAGCUGACGCCAACCAGAGAAAUUUUUUAAUAAGCGUUUUUUUCGAUAAAAUAACGAAAGACUUCAGAGAAUUAAGCAACGACACUUACGAGAACAAAGUAAGAGAGGUGGUGGGGAGUACAUUACCAUCGUUGGCUCAUGUGAUACAGUUUUCUAAGAAUCAUCCAAAUUCGUCCAAAAAAUUGCUUUAUAUGGGAUUGAAGGCGUCAAUAGAUCAUGCAUUGGAUUUAUUUCCUGAAUAUGCAAAAUACCCGGAAGUUAGCGAUAAUAUUUUAGCAUUGUUUCUAGAAGUAUUAGGGGUUUUGCAACAACAGUUUGGUGUAGAAAAUACGCGGCGUUCAGUAGAAGUUUUCCUAGAAGUUGCUAUAAGUCAGCAACAAUCUAAAAAUCUGUCAGGCCUAGAUAAACUUUUACAAAUACUUCAGCUUGUUGUAGAAGCGCCGGGCCCCCCAUAUAGAAGCUUUCUUCCUGGUAUUUUACAGCUUUGUCUUGAACAUGUUCAUCCCUUAGUUAUCUCGCAGGCUAAUGAUCAACCUGGUGUUAUAAUUGCAUUAUUAACCUUAUUACACAGUAUAUUUCUACACAGAUGGCAAUACUUCUACGUUUCACAGGUGAGAUUAGGUCAUUCUCCAGGAUGUAGUGAUACAGAUCCGAGUUCAGAUACCCCUCAACAUCCCAUUCAACUCCUAGCUGUUUUACAAGUAUUCGGACAGACUCUUUUACAACCGGAUAUAAACGUUUUUCGAACCAGUUUAGCAGCUUUAGAAGAUCUCAAUUCCAAAUGGAAACUAUACUACAAGACUUUGUUUCGGGAACAACUUCUGAACCAAUUUCUAACAGUUCUGUUUCACACACUUUUGGACAAAACUCAUGCCCUUUUAACGGACGACAUCCUUUUGGCUAUUUACAACAUGGCUGCGGUUAAUUUUCAAGAUUUUUUUGAAAGUUUCAUUCCAAAUUUUCUACAAUCUACAAACGGUCUUGCUCAACCUCAAAAAGAUUCAUUAAAGCAAUGCCUUCAAAAAGAAACGGAUAUGCCAACUUUCGUGCAACAUAUAAUUCGUUUUGUAAACGAUAUGAGGUGUUACAGAUUGUGCAAUGCCAGUUUGCCUCCUGGUAGUGUGAUUUUGUAAAUAUAUAUACUGUAUACAUAUAUAUCUAUUAAUUUGAUUAACGUAAGCUGUAAAAAAUCGGAAUUUUCUGUAAUUUAUUUACAAUUGUGUUUCAUCCAACUUUUAUCGUUUAUUAUUAAAGAAAAUAAAAAACA